AUGCUGAAGUGUUCAGAAGUGAUAAAUGACCAUAAUCUCCAUAAGACCGAAGCCAAUCAUAUUAGUCCAAUAGACAAUUGUGUAGUGUGUGAAAACUAUGUAUCUCACAGAAAUAAAUAUAUUACUGCCAGAAAAGAGUAUGAAAAAGAUGCGGAGUCACAACUAAAAUCAUCAGAUCUCAUAGUUUCAGCAGAUCUUCAGAAAGUGAUAAUGCUUCCAAGAGCAGAUAUGUUUAAAGAAGUAAUUUUUACUAGGCGCAUAAUUGCUUUUAACGAAAGUUUUGUUGCUGUCGGGAAGGGUAGAAACGUCCGUCCUUUAGGAAUUCUGUGGCACGAAGGAAUAUCGGGAAGAAAAAAAGAAGAUAUAGUGUCUAGUUUCUACGCAUUCUUCCUAAAAAACAGGGAUAAAGAAUCCAUAACAAUUUGGCUGGAUAAUUGCUCUGCGCAGAACAAGAAUUGGUGUUUGUUCAGUUUUUUCAUCUAUAUAGUAAAUGCUACAGAAGUUAACCUUAAACAAUUAACCAUUAAAUACUUUGAGCGCGGACACACGUUUAUGUCUGCGGACCAUUUUCACCACCAGGUAGAAAAAUCAUUAAAGAGGGCCAAAACUGUUUGGGAUUUUAAUGACUAUGUUCAAUGUGUUCUAAAUUCAACAAAACAGACCGAUGUUGCAGCACUAGAGAUUAGAAAUUUCUAUAAGUGGACAGAUUUAAGUUCAAAAUACAAAUUACAAAAGUUAACACCACGCUGCUAUCUCAAUAAUAUUUCGCUCGCAAUUUUUACGAGGGGCGAGAAAACGUUAAAAUAUAAAAACUCGUAUGACGCAGAAGAUUUGAUAGAACUCAACUUUUUAACUGCGGGUGCAUUUAAAACUGGUGUGACAAUUCCACCCUCACGAACAUCUAACCGAGGAAUUAGUCAAGAGAGAAAGCAACAUUUGUUAAAUAACCUGCAAGAUAUAAUUCCAGGCAACAGGAGAAACUUUUGGGAAGAAUUACCGGUAGGCGAUGCAGCUGAAGAGGAAGAAAAUGGAUAA